AGUAGAAUAAGCCUAAAACGAAAAGGAAAAAAAUAUGUAUUUGACAAUAAUAUUCCUCUUCAUUAGCUCCAUUAUUUUCCCUCUCCUAUUCUUCCUUGGAAAACAUUUAUCAAACUUCCGUUAUCCCAACCUUCCUCCGGGAAAGAUUGGCUUUCCCUUAAUAGGAGAGACUUUAUCCUUUCUCUCUGCUGGCCGUCAAGGCCACCCGGAGAAGUUUGUCACCGACCGAGUUCGUCAUUUCUCCUCAGGUAUCUUCAAGACCCACCUCUUUGGGUCUCCCUUCGCGGUGGUGACUGGUGCCUCUGGGAACAAGUUUCUAUUCACCAACGAAAACAAGCUUGUGAUCUCAUGGUGGCCAGAUUCGGUGAACAAGAUCUUCCCUUCUUCAACGCAGACCAGCUCUAAGGAAGAGGCCAUCAAGACGAGGAUGCUUCUUAUGCCGUCCAUGAAGCCUGAGGCUUUGAGAAGGUAUGUUGGUGUUAUGGAUGAGAUUGCUCAGAAACAUUUUGAGACGGAAUGGGCCAACCAAGAUCAACUUAUUGUCUUCCCUCUCACCAAAAAGUUCACGUUUUCUAUAGCAUGCCGUUUGUUCCUGAGCAUGGACGACCUCGAAAGAGUAAGAAAACUCGAAGAGCCAUUCACUACGGUUAUGACGGGUGUCUUCUCAAUCCCAAUAGAUUUACCGGGAACACGGUUUAACCGUGCCAUCAAGGCGUCAAGGUUACUCAGCAAAGAGGUUUCAACGAUCAUUAGGCAGAGAAAAGAAGAGCUGAAGGCCGGGAAAGUAUCAGUGGAACAGGACAUCCUAUCUCAUAUGUUGAUGAAUAUAGGAGAGACCAAAGACGAGGAUUUGGCUGAUAAGAUUAUUGCCUUGUUAAUCGGAGGACAUGACACAACAAGUAUCGUAUGCACAUUCGUUGUCAACUAUCUUGCUGAGUUCCCUCAUAUCUACCAACGUGUGCUAGAAGGUAUGCAGAUCCCUCUCCUUUAAAGAGUAAAUUUGUGUGAUAACUAUAUUGGGAUCUAAAC